AUGUUGCUCUUGUUGACACUAAUUUUUGCUAUAAUUCCGCUCCUCGUGAUUUACUCGUGGUUGAAAUGGGAACAAGAAGAUGCAAAAAUGGGCAUUUCUGGACCUCCAACGUUGCCAGUUUUGGGAAAUUUGGUGGAAUUGUGGAAAUCAGCGAGGAGUUUUAAAGAAUUUGAGAAAUUUUUGGAAUAUACCAAAACCUACGGAGACACUUUUCGUGUGCGGCUUGGUCCAAAAUUAAUGAUUUGCACGCGAGACGUUAAAAUAAUGGAACAAAUUGCAAACGACCCGAAAUUCAUCAAAUCGCAUGAGUAUCGUUUCUUCAAGCCGUGGUGGGGUGAAGGUCUGGUCUUGAGUAAUGGCGAAAAAUGGAUGAAAUUUCGAAAGUUGCUGACGCCUGCGUUUCAUUUUCAAAUUUUGGAGAGAUUUUUGCCGAUUUUUCAUGAACAAACUGACGUUUUAGUGGAAAAACUUAAAAAUUUGGAAGAUGAGGAAGCAAUUGAUGUGACGUCAUAUUUGCAUUCGUUUAGUUUGGAUGUCAUUGCGGAAACUGCGAUGGGAGUGAAAUUGAAUACGCAGUUGAAUGUUCAGUCAAAAUUUGUGGAUUAUAAUGCGCAAGUCUCACACAUGAUUUACAAACGAAUUUUCAACCCAUUCCUCGCUAACGACUUUAUUUGGAAAAUUCUUGGCUACGAAAGACGUGCCAACCAUUACAUCAAGUACAUUCAAAAUUACAUAAUCGACAUAAUUACCAAACGUCGCGAGAUCCUUUUAUCCUCCGAUCUCUCAAAAAGACCCAAAAGAUCCGCAUUUCUCGACAUCAUGCUCUUAUCGGACCAACAGAUCAGCAACGAGGAAAUUCGCAGUGAAACAAUGGUUUUUAUGUUUGCCGGACACGAAACUACCGCCUCAACGCUUGGAUUUUUCCUCUAUUGCGUGGCAAAAUAUCAAAAUGUGCAGAAAAAAUUGUUAGAAGAAAUUCGGAAAAAUGAAGAAGAAAUUAAGGAGCUAACUCUUCAAAAUAUUAAUUCCUACAAAUAUUUGGAUUGUGUGAUCCGAGAAACGUUGAGAAUGUUUCCAAUUAGUGCUUUUACGCCGAAAAUGAGGACGGAAGAUUUGAAGAUUGGAGAUAUUUUUAUCCCGAAAGAGACGACUGUGAUGACGUUAGUACUUGCAAGUCACAUGAACGAAAAGUAUUUUGAGAGUCCGGAGAAAUUUAUUCCUGAGCGGUUUGAUUCGGAAGUCGAUUGUGCUUCAAGGAAUCCUUAUGCAUAUCAACCAUUUUCAGCUGGACUCAGAAAUUGCCUUGGACAAAGAUUCGCCGUUUUAGAGAUGAAAGUCGCCGCAAUCAAAAUUUUGACAGAAUUUGAAGUCUCACUCGGUUGGGAAAGCUUUCGCGUCGACAGAAUCCAGUCGAACACGAUGAAGUCCAAAAAUGGCAUUCACUUGAAAUUUAAAAAACGAUUUUAAAAACAUAUAUUUUAUUACCCGUUUUUAUUUUUAGUUCCUUU